AUGUGCCUCUGUCGUCUGCUCACGCUGCUGACGGCUUCCGCUUUUUAACCUAGGCCUGUGUAUGGCUUCCGAAUACUGCUGCCUCCACCGCCACCCUGCGCCAUGUGCCUCUGUCGUCUGCUCACGCUGCUGACGGCUUCCGCUUUUUAAACUAGUCCUGUGUAUGUCUUCCGAAUACUGCUGCCUCCACCGCCACCCUGCGCCAUGUGCCACUUUCGGGUCUCCUCACACUGCUGCCAGGUCCAGAGUGUGUCAUGGGUCCCUGUACGGCCUCCCAUUGCUGCUGACUUCAUCGCCAGACUCUGCCAUGUGCCACUUUCAGGUCUCCUUACACUGUUGGUGGGUUCCAUUUUGUGAUAGGGUGCUG